UUGUGGGAAGCCGCAAACGGCUCGUCCUGUCCUGGACGCUCGCAGUGACCACGGCAGUUUGAGGGGGAAUCGGUUGCCUUGGGCCUCAUCGGGGGACAAGGGAGCCACUCUGCCACCUGAACCUCAACCGAACCGACGCCCUCCUCACAUCUCCACGCUGCGGAGAUGGCUUUUAAAGUCAAGCUGGCCAGAAGAAUGUUGAUGUGCACUCCUGUGAUCCUCUGUAUAAUGGGGUUUAUAGAAGCCUCAUUGAGAGAGAUGAACGAUCCUGAUUCACAAUGCCACAUCAAAGACGAGGGUCGAACUGCAGACUGUUCACAUCGUGGGCUGACAUACGUGCCUCGGGGUCUCUCAGCUGAUAUCACUCUUCUCGACUUGUCCUACAACAACAUAAAGGCUCUUGAAGUCGGGGAUUUCUCCAGUACCCCAAACCUGCAAGUACUUACCUUGGCCUUUAACCACAUUCAGAAGAUACAUCCCCAAGCAAUGGCCACCCUCAAACGUUUAUAUUACCUGGAUCUCUGCCAGAACAACCUCUCAGAGAAGCCUGGAGAGGCUCUUGGUAGCCUCCCAAACCUGCAAGUUCUCAAUAUCUCCAUGAACAACUACACCUCAUUUGCUUUGGGAGAGGACUUCUCCAGAAUGUCGAACCUACGAGACCUCACCAUCGGAACGCCAAAAACCACAGUACUAAAUGCGUCUGACUUCCAAGCACUGGAAAGCGUCCCCCUAAAAUACUUGAACUUGAACACUGGUUCACCUCUUUGGGUUUACGAGACUGGGGCUCUUACCCACUUGCGAUCUCUGGAAAAACUUAACACGAACGUCUCUGUUGACAAGGACCCACUCGUUUUAUCAAAAAUGUUGACGGACCUGAAUAAUACACACAUUUCUGAGCUUGAAAUAUUUCGAAUUUUGAACAACCCUCUCAAAAACGCAUCUAUAGAUUUCUUCAAAGGCCUUGGAUCAAGUAAUUUACUAAAAAAUAUGACGCUAAUUGAAGCAAACUUUACUGAUAAAGAAGUAAGUAACUUGCUCAAAAAUAUAUACUUAUCAGAGUUGACAAUGCUUGUAUUUAAAAAUUCUUCUUACACUGACCACUAUCCUGUAAUAUUUAACGGUGUAAAAAAUGUAACAAAACUGUCACCUCUCAAGAAAAUAGUGAUAGAUUCAAUAUUUCAUCUAAAUAUGACGUACCCUAUUUUUAUAGUAAACAUGACACUCUUUCCAAAUAUAUCCCAACUAAAGAUAUCUAACACGGGCAUGAACAAAGUAGACUGCUUUUUCAUGAAGAUGAAAGCCAUUAAGCAGCUAGAUUUCUCCAGAAAUCUUCUCAAUGAGGGUGGCCUCUGGUGGGACUCCUGUAAUUACACGGUGAUCCUUCCUGAAGCCACUGAACUGAUCAUAAGUCACAACUAUUUCAAAGACCUCAAGAAAAUAUCAGAAAUGGUGUCCCUCAUGCCUCGCAUCAAUUCACUGGACGUGAGUUACAAUGGCAUUAAUUACAUCGAAGAGUGUAGGUGGCCAUCCUCUCUCGAGAGGUUGAUCCUUCGUAACAAUGAAAUCAGUAAAGAGUCUGUAAUCUGCACUUCUGCCAACCUCAAGUUUUUAGACCUCUCCUACACAAGAUUGGAGAGAUUUCCCAAUUACAUCUUGACCAAUGCAACAUCUCUGCAGGAGCUCCAUCUCACUGGGAAUCUCAUAAAGUAUAUUUCCUCUGAUGUAAAAUCCCAAUCUCUUCAGGUUCUAUAUGUGGACUAUAAUGCGUUGGGCAUCAUUGGUCAAGGCACAUUCCAGCACCUCCAGAAAAUUAAGUCAAUUACCCUUGGGAACAAUCCGUUUUACUGCAUGUGUGACCUUUACUGGUUCCGGCAACGUUUUAAUAAAACACUUCUAAAUGGCUGGCCAAACGAUUACACAUGCAGCUACCCAGAAUAUUUGUCUGGUAAGGAAAUGAAUUACUUCAACCCUAAUAUUUUAAACUGCGACAGAGUAAUUGCAAUUUCUGUCAGUGUUGUUGUUACAGUGGUCGUCAUAGCCCUUGUCAUCGGCAUUGGACAUUAUCUUGAUGCCAUAUGGUACAUACGCAUGGGUUUUAUUUGGGUGUCUGCAAAGAGAAGGAGAUACAAAUUAAUUUCAGGAGAAGAGGAUCUCCCUUUCGAGUAUCACGCGUUCAUCUCUUACAGCCACCUGGACUCCGAGUGGGUGCAGAACAUGUUGGUGCCGACACUUGAGCAUUCGAACCCUGACUUGCGGCUGUGCAUCCACGAGCGAGACUUCACACCUGGACAUUGGAUCGUAGACAACAUCAUUGAGUGUAUCGAGAAGUCGUCCAAGACCCUGUUCGUACUCUCCAGGAAUUUUGUGAACAGCGAGUGGUGCCACUACGAGCUGUACUUUGCACAGCACCGCAUGGUGGAGGAGAACCAAGACUCGCUCGUUCUGCUGCUGCUCGAGCCGCUGCCCAAGGACUCGCUGCCAAGCAAGUUUUGCAAACUCCGCCGCCUCCUCAGCAACAAGACCUACCUGGAGUGGCCGGCGGAGGAGAGAAAACGCGCCGUCUUCUGGACCAGCCUCAACGCUGUGCUGCAGUCGAGACCAUCACCACAUUCCGAUUUAGGCUCCUAGAAAAAGGGGGGUGGCUAUAUUGCUUCUAUGUCACUUGAAUGGGUAUAAUCUCCCCCAGUAUAUUCUCUAUUUAGUUUGGAACUAUAUGUAUACAACCUGCUAUUGCAUUAGCUUUUUAAAAUUAAUAUUCAUAUAUUUGUAAUGAUUCAUAAUACUUUCUAUGUAAAUAUGUCAAUAUUUCUGCCAUAAGGUCGGUCUGAAUUCUGAUACAGGCAGACCUCCCCAAACGCGGGGGUUACAUUCCUGGAAAAUGGCAUGUUGUGCGUUUGAAAAAUAAUAUACCUUUUGGGGAAAAUAGGAUUGCAUCCGAAAUUAUCAUCCCCUCCCUCUUUGUUUUACUUCUACGAGAUUACCAUCCAUUUUAUUGUACUAAAUGAUGCUGAUUAGCUCUCCAUUUCUGGUGUAUGUGUGUGUAAACUUUAUUUUUCAAUUUAACCUCAACACAAACCCCCCAUCUCCAUUUAUCUUUCCUUACCACGGCACUAACGUCCAACGCUCGCCCCUGACACUGAUUUGUCAGCCCAAACGCUCGCCUUUAACACUGUAUCUCUGCCUGGUGCUUUUUCUGGUCUCAGACUCUGGAUCACCUUCCGUACUUCCUCAACAAAUAGAACUUCAGUCAGCCACUCACAGGGGGUGACCACUUCUUCCAAUAUUUGAGGCACCGCAGCCUCAGGAGGGUCAUCCCACUUUGCCACAUGAUGUUUUCCAGGCUGAGGGAUUCCCCCUCCCCCAAGAUCUCACAGAAAUGCUCAGCAAUUCUGCAAACUUGUUCCUCGGGUCGGCGAUUGGAUCACCUUUCUUUUCCGCAAUGAUGGUGAUAGUUUUAGCACUGCAAGUUACUUUUUGAUGGAGUUAAAGAGUGAUUUGUUAUCGCGGGCUACUGAGGCAGAUUCCAUCUCCUUAGCAACCCCCGACGUUGUAGCGUUGCACGGCUCUCUGAACCUCUAGAGUAAAGGCUGCUAUCAGCCUCAUUCUCUGACGUGGGAUGCUGUAGAUGGUGAGAGUGGGCCUGUCGCUUUUUCUCAGCCAGCUGGAACACCUCCUCUGUCAGCCAGGGUCUCUGGGGAGGUUGGGACCGUGCACCCAAAUCAGUCAUUGCAGCUGCAUGAACCACAGUCCUAAACCUCGCCCAUUUUCCCUUGGCGUCAGGAGGAGUCGGGGAGGAUGCAAACCCCAGCUGCAAGUGAUGAUGAAAUUCUCACAACUUUCAUCAGCUAGCUGAGACCAGGCCACUGUGGGUUUCAAUGGCAGGCACAUCUUACAGAUGACAAGCCGAUGGUCAGUGGGCAGAUCAGCUCCAUGGUAGGUCCUGCCUGGUGUCAAGGACAUGGGCUCAUGCAUCCGCUAUUCCAUCACUAUAUAGUCCAGCAGAUGUUUUUGCUUGGACCCGGCAUGCGUCCAUGAUGUUGGUGGAUGCGUUGAUGCUGGAAAAGCAUGUUGGAAAUUACAAGUCCAUGGGCUGUACAAAAGUCUAGCAGCCUGCUGUCGUUGUUAUUGAGCUGAUCUGGCCCAUGCCUUUCAAUCACUCCAGACCAUGGUGCCAGCAUCUUGACCAACUCGGGCAUUGAAGUCACCCAAGAAGAUGACUCUGUCCCUAGGGGCCACUGUAGCUAGCACCUGUGACAGGAGGUGAUAGAAGGCAUCUGACUCAUUGGCCUUGCCUGCAUCCCUCCACGGAUGUUCGUCUUCAGUGGGGGCAUAACUAACCACGACCACCACUCCUCGACCUCUGGUUGAUUGGAAGGCGAGCCCAAAGUAGCCUGGGACUUACAGCUUCCCACACCUAACCGCCAUGCUCCCACACCCCCUUCAUUCUUUUGUUCAGAAGAAGAGCCACUCUCUGUUGUUUGGCAGUCUCCUACCCCAAGUAGAGGACUGUGCACCCCUCAUGGCGGCAGGAGCCAGAGCCGGUCCAGUGGACCUCCUUAAUACCACAGAGAUCCAGGUGGUACCGGUCCAGCUCCCGACAGAGAAGUGGCAGCCUCUCCUCCGCAUUGAGCGUCCGAACAUUCCACGUGGCCACCCUUCGUGGUUUUUACUGUUUCUGGAGGAACCCCGAGGGUAAGGAUUCAGUUUCCUGGCUCCGCCAAAUGGGGUUUGGCCAGGAGACGUCAUAGACGCCUGCCCCCCUGGGGCCUCUGGCACAAGUUUAGUUAGAUUUUUAACACGUGUUUUAGUGGUAGUUAGGUUGAAGGUGGAAGUGUUACCAACCCUCGCACCCAUCCAGAGCCCCCAUUGGCCGCUGUGGUGGCUGCAAGCACCAUGAGGGGAAAAGUCAAAUGGAAUUGGCCGUUCCCCCCAUGGAAUUGCUCGCGUCCACCACAGCGUUACUGUCCAGCACCACCGAAGAGGUAGGGUGUUCUUUUUGCCGGAUGGUGCAAGCCCACCACACCACAUGCAUCUCCUUUUGUGGCUCCCUUGACGCGUUUGCUCAUGCCAUCGGGCAUACCACAGUCAUCCUCUGACAUGUCGUCAAUUGCAUUGCAGCCACUUUUAAAUGUAGAUGCAUCAUUGGAGGCAUCACAGUCAUCUUUACUACCAGAGACACUGAGUUGGAGCUGUCUCUGUCUGAUUGGAUUCAUCUCCAAGAAAAGGAUCACAAAUUAAUAAAAAAGUAUCCCUGGAACCCAUGCAGAAAUAAGACCAUUUACCACCUUGUACAGCAAUGUUUUCUAGCAAAAUCUAUUCAUGCACUGGGACGUGGCUUACAGUGACGAUACAUGGUCGUCCCCGACGAAUUUCACAAACGAAGAUUGUUACACAUGGUAGCAUCAACAACAUUAAAUACUAUGCGCUUACGAUAUUUUUGGUGGGGAAUGACUGCUGAUGUGGCUCAGCGGGUUGCACAAUGUGAAGACUGCGCAAACCGUAAAACGUCUAUUUGUCCAAUACAAUAUCCACUGCAGUCAAUACCAGUGUCACGUAUUAAUGAACUAUUUGUGCUGGGUAUUAUUGGAUCCCUACCAAAAACACACAUCGGGAAAUCUCUACCUGUUGGUUGGCAUGGAAUAUGUUUCAUGUUGGCCCAUAGCUUGUCCCAUUCCUGACCAGAAGGCGGAAACAAUUGCAGAUACAUUAGUUACUGGUUAUGUUUGGAUAAGGGGGCACCAAAAAAUAAUUUAUAGACCAAGGACAACAUUUUUCUUCCUUACUCUUUGGUUCUUUCAGUAAAGUCACGUAGUUAGAAAUAAAAUAAAAACAAAUCACGACGUUUCGAUUGCAACACAAGCAAUCAUCAUCAGGUGGGAAAACCACAGCAAUAUUUUUUUUUGCUGAAGUAGGAGAGAGAUGCCGUGGUAAGAGGCUAUAUAGGUAAGAGAGGGGGGAGGGGAAAGG